AUGGCUUCAUCUAUGGUUUCCUUUUUCUUCUUCACCUGUGCCUUUGUCCUUUUACUCCUGCACAUGUCUUUCUCAUUCAACAAUCUGGCACUGGCUGCAAAACACAGCAGCUUUGCGGCUCAUCACUACCACCACUACCACCACCACCGCAGCCACUCCUCCGCAUCGAACUCGAGACUCCGCCAAGCCUAUGUUGCCCUCCAAGCGUGGAAACGCGUAAUCUACUCUGACCCGAAAAACUUCACCACCAACUGGGUUGGUCCUUUUGUAUGCAACUACUCAGGUGUGUUCUGUACUGAAGCUCUUGAUGACCCCAAAAUCUCUGUUGUUGCUGGCAUUGACCUCAACUUCGCCGACAUAGCCGGGUUCCUCCCAAAGGAAUUAGGCCUCCUCACUGACCUUGCGCUUAUCCAUCUAAACACCAACCGCUUUUGUGGCAUCAUUCCUGAAACUCUAGCCAAUCUUACACUUCUCUAUGAGCUUGAUCUCAGUAACAACAGAUUUGUAGGCCCUUUUCCUAAGGUUGUGCUCAGCCUUCCCACCCUAAACUUUCUUGAUAUCCGCUACAACGAAUUUGAAGGUCCAUUGCCUCCUGAACUUUUCAACAAAAAACUCGAUGCGAUCUUUGUUAACAACAACCGCUUCACUACAAUGAUUCCGACAAAUUUAGGAUUAAGCACGGCCUCCGUGGUGGUGUUCGCAAACAACAACUUUGGAGGCUGCAUUCCGUCGAGUAUAUCAAAGUUCGCAAAUACUUUAGAAGAACUGGUAUUAAUCAACAACAGUUUGACAGGGUGUUUGCCACAAGAGCUGGGAUUUCUCUACAAAUUGAAGGUGUUGGAUCUAAGCUCUAACAAUAUAGUUGGUCCUAUACCCUAUAGUUUAGCUGGUUUAUCCCACUUGGAGCAACUAAAUCUUGGCCAUAAUAUGCUGACUGGGAUUGUAACAGAUGGAGUGUGCCUUUUGCCAAGCUUGGCAAAUUUCACAUUCUCUUAUAACUUUUUCUGUGAGGAGGAGGGAAUAUGCCAGAAUUUGACAUCAAGACGAGGGUUUAAGUUCGAUGAUCGUCGAAAUUGUUUGCCGGAUAAACCACUUCAGAGGAGCAAAAAGGAAUGCAGUGCUGUGCUUGAGCGUCCUGUUGAUUGCUUCUGCUGCACCGGUGGUGGCGGUGCUGGACCUGCUUUUGCUCCUGCUGCAAUGCCACCGGCAGUAGCAGCAGUGCCUGUGUCCACACCUUCUAUGACUCCAAGUUACACAUAGACAACCACACAAUUGGUAGUUACUUUCAAAAGUAAAAUAAAGUCCAAACUUGGGAUAGCAAAUGAGCUUGUA